GACCGCCAGCGUUUGGCGGAUCGGGGCCCGGGCUUCACCUUGUUUCGCCCCGUGCCUGCCGACCCUGCGCCCGCAGAUGAACGGGGCGGCGCCGGUGUGGGAGCGGCCCUGGUCGCUGGACGAGAUCCGGAGGGGCAGCCAGGCCUGGUCGCUGGCUUCGGACGCGGGGCUCCUGCGUUUUCUACAAGAAUUUUCCCAGCAGACCAUCUCCAGGACACAUGAAAUUAAAAAGCAAGUGGAUGGGUUGAUUCACGAAACGAAAGCCACAGACUGUCGUCUACAUAAUGUCUUCAAUGAUUUUCUUAUGUUGUCCAACACACAGUUCAUUGAGAACAGAGUGUAUGAUGAAGAGGUAGAAGAACCCAUUCCCAAAACUGAAGUUGGAGACAAAGCGGAACAGGAGAAAACUCGGGAACAAAAAGAAGCAGAUCUGAUCCCAAAGAUCCAGGAAGCGGUGAACUAUGGGUUGCAGGUCCUGGACAGUGCUUUUGAGCAACUGGAUAUCAAAGCAGGAAAUUCAGACUCAGAAGAGGAAGAAACUAAUGAAAGGGUAGAACUAAUUCUUGAACCAAAGGAUCUCUAUAUUGAUAGGCCUUUACCGUACUUAAUUGGCUCCCAGCUCUUCAUGGAACAAGAUGACGUUGGUCUUGGGGAUCUCUCUAGUGAAGAAGCAUCAGUGGAUAGUGAUCGUGGGAGUGUAAUUGAGAGUGAAGAGAAAGAUGAAGAGGAAUUGGAUGAAGAGUUUGGAAACCCUAGUGAGGAUGACCAGAAAAUGAGAACUGCACCUCUGAGUGACGAGGACGAAGAUGAUGGCUGUGAUCUCUUUGAUUCUGAGAAAGAGGAAGAUGAGGAAGAUGACAUAGAAGAAAGUGCAAGGCUGAAAAAGAAAAGGCCAACAUCAUUUGCAGAUGAGUUGGCAGCACGGAUAAAAGGAGAAAUGCCAAGCAAACAAGAUGAGGAGCAGUCGUCCCUGUCAUCAGCAGAAGUCAAAAGUAAGAAGACAGUGAAAGAAAAGAAGGAAGCUAGAGUUCCAUCAGAUGAUGAUGAUGAUGAUGACAUUUUCAAACCUCCGAAGCUGACCGAUGAGGACUUUUCACCGUUUGGUUCUAAAGGUGGCCUUUUCAGUGGCGGGACUGGACUCUUUGACGAUGAAGAGAGUGAUCUUUUUGCUGAAGCACCAAAAGCAGAAGAUACAAAAGAAAAAGACCAGCAUGUCUCAAUAAAUGAUGCACCAUCAACAAAGCCUGGAAAGAAAGUUCCUAUAGGUGCGGUUUCCCUCUUUCCAGGUGGGAGUGAUGUCUUUAAUCCCUCCACUUUAGGAGAAAAAGAGAAAAAGAAAUCCCCUGGGCAAAGCACAGAAAAAGCCCCCAAACAGCUUGGGAAAGUCGGUCUGUUUGAUGAUGAUGAUGACUUCUUUGUGGAAUCAACAGAGAAACCUUCAAGUUCAGUCAAAGUUGCUGUUGAUCUCUUUGACGAUGAAGGAGAUUUAUUCAAAGAAAAAUCUGGAGUUGUUCCUGCAUCUGUCAGUGCACCUAAAGAAGCUGAAAGCCAUAAAGAGACUGUUGUGGAGAAAAAGAGUCAACCAACUCCCACAGAAGUGCUCAAGCCUUCAGUUGAAACACCAUCCAAAAAACAGAGAGGCUUAUUUUCAGAUGAAGAAGAUUCUGAAGACUUGUUUUCAUCUAGUCAAAUGGUGAAAUCUCUACCCACUAGCAAAUCAACAGCAAAAGCGCCGCUCUCUUUCUUUGAUGACGAGGAUGAGGAGGAUCUUUUUAGUAUUUCUGGCAAGAAGCAACAGUUGAAAGCACCCCAGGAAAAAGCAAAACAAUCAGAGCCCCUCAAGAAAGCAUCCAGUUCGUUGUUCAGCAGUGAUGAAGAGGACCACUGGAACCUCACCCAGCAGGAUAAAUCAGUUUCUGAAGACCAAAAAAGGAAAUCUACAAAAUCUAGCAGUACAGUUGAUCAAGCUAAAGCAGCAAAAAAUACAAGUCUGUUUGCAGAGGAUGAGGAGGAAGAUUUAUUCACGAUCACUAAAGACAGUCGGAGAAAACCCCAGAAGGCUUCUCUUUUGUUUGAAGAUGAUGCAGUCGAUGGAGAAUCCCUCUUCAGCUCCCAACCACCAUUUCUUCCUUCAGCUACAAAAGCCACAGUGGACAAAGGAAAAACUGCACAGCCAUCACCUUUGUUAUUUAAUGAAGAGGAGGAAAAGGCUGAUCUGCCAGAGGUGUUAAAGACUAAACUGCCAGAAGAGAAGUUGGAGCAUUUAGAAGAGCCUCUAGCACUUCCUGAGGGCACUGGAACAGAUACUGCUGGGCAGCAGGAAAAACAAAAGUUGGAGCCUGCAUCGCCUUUGGGGUCAGUCAGUAAUACCGAUCUGCUUAGCGCAUCACCACCCCCAUUGGAGAAGGAAACCAAGAGUCGGGGAAAGAAAGCCCUGAGCUUGUUUGAGGAUGAGGAAGAGGAGAAAAUGGAAGAUGAAGAUUUCAGUAAAAAUGCACAGACUGAAGUAGAAAAGCCUUCUGAAAAGAGCAGCCGUUCCAAAAGUACUGGUGUCUUCCAGGAUGAAGAGCUGCUGUUUAGUCACAAGCUCCAGAAAGAUAAUGAUCCUGAUGUUGACCUCUUUGCUAGUCCCAAGAAGUCCAAGUCUGCAAGCCGCAGCGUGAAGCUGUCCUUUGGAGGAGAGCUGUUUGGUGAUGAUGAAGAGGAUGAUCUCUUCAGUACUGCUAAAGCAAAGCCCCCGAAAGUGGCAGAAAAGAAACCAGUAACCAAAAAAGACAGCGGUGGCCCAUCCUUAGAGACCAGUAACGUUCCUGAGCAUAAUCUAAAUGCCAAACAAAAUAAGGCACAUAAGCCAGAAAUCACUGAGAAAUCCACAGGUCCUGCUCCCAUUAAAACCAAAGAGCCCUCGUCUCGGAUUGGAAAACUACAAGCUAACUUAGCUAUUAAUCCAGCAGCCUUACUACCCAGUGCAGUGCCCAAGAUCUCCAGCAUGAAGCCUGUACUGCCAACUUCAGAGACUCCAGUACAUGAGCCUGAUGGCAUACAAAGCACUGAAACCUUUCGUACUGCAGGAAGCAAUGAAGGGUCUGGCGUGAGCUUUGAACAUCCCAUGCAAGCAGAAACCUUGCACAGUGCCAAUAAGAACAGGAUCAAAGUGACUGGUAAACGAAGGCCUCCUACCAGGACAGCCCGGCGCCUGGCUGCUCAAGAAUCCAGUGAGAAUGAGAAGGAUAAUAUUAUCAAGGAGCCACAGCUAUGGCUACCAAAACAGAACUCUGCAUUGUUGGAUGCAAAGGAGCCUCUAAGUGGUGAGCCAGGUUCAAAGGAAAGUGUCGAAGGUGGUUCUGCAGCUCGAAAAUCGUUGCCAGCAGAUGGCAGCAACCUGUCACCUGAGAUGGACAGAAGCCCUUCGGCAAAACCCACAGGCCCAGGGGAUGAUUUCUUUGAAUCUGAUGACCUCUUUGAGAAAAGCUCAAUGCUAAAGUCAGCAGCCAGGCCUAAGGCAAAAGAGGAAGGCAUAGAAAAUUUGGUUGGUAGGCUUGUCAAAAGUGGUGAGAAGCCUGCUUUGUCAGUGCUUGAUGAUCAGGGUAGUGAUGAUCUCUUCCAGCCUGUAAAACAAAAGUCUUCCCAGAAGAGCAGCCCCAGCUCUUUCUUGGAGGAUGAAGACAAUCUCUUCACAAGUCAGAAAACUCCAAAGAAGAAAGAAUUGAAACCUGGCAUCUCGCAAGACCUAGACACCAGUAUCUUUGAGGAUGACAUCUUUGCAACAGAAGCAAUUAAGCCACCUAGCAAGACAAAAGAGAAAGUGCUGGAGGCUAAUCUGUUUGAUGAUGAUAACAUUGAUAUUUUUGCCGAUCUUACUGUAAAGCCAAAAGAAAAGAAGACCAAGAAAAAAGUGGAAUCCAAAUCCAUAUUUGAUGAUGAUAUGGAUGACAUCUUCUCUAGCAGCCAGGUCAAAAUAUCCACUCCCAAAGGCCAAUCAUCUUCUCAAACAGCCUCUGAAGUAAAAACCGAAACCAAGGCACAGAGUAUAUUUGAUGACCCACUGAAUGCCUUUGGAGGUCAAUAGACAGUUGUGGGUAUUCUGAGAAAAGGCUACCUGUGGUUCAUUAUGUUGUCCACUAUUAAUACAGAAUCUCUAACCAAACAGCUAAAAUAAGACAACUGUGGAUAUUCAAAUGACUGGUUCCCCACUUACAUAUCUAGUUUCAUUUUCUUGCUCUGGACCUAAUCAUGCUUAGCACUGUAAGAAGGAAUCUCUCUGUCGUCCUUCUGUGAUGCCCAGGUGAACUAGCCUGUGCAAUAUCUGCAGUGAUGUAAUCUAUUAUACAAAGUUUUGUUUCUUUUAUUGAACAGAUCUAAAAAAAGAAAAUCACUGAUAUUAUGAAAUAGUAAAUGAAGUGUGCUAAACUGGG